AUGGAAAUGCCCGGUAGAAGAUCUAAUUACACUUUGCUUAGUCAAUUUUCCGACGAUCAAGUCUCUGUUUCCGUCACCGGAGCUCCUCCGCCGCACUAUGACUCUUUGUCCAGCGAGAACAGGAGCGCAAGCAACAAUAACAGCGGGAACAACGGGAAAAACAAGGCGGAUAGAAGCGGAUUUGAUUGGGAUCCUAACGGCGGCGGUGGUGGUGGUGGUGAUCAUAGGUUGAGUAAUCAGCCGAAUCGUGUUGGGAAUAAUAAUAUGUAUGCUUCGUCGCUAGGGUUACAGAGGCAAUCGAGUGGGAGUAGUUUUGGUGAGAGCUCUUUGUCUGGGGAUUAUUAUAUGCCUACGCUUUCUGCGGCGGCUAACGAGAUCGAAUCUGUUGGAUUUCCUCAAGACGAUGAGUUUAGGCUUGGUUUUGGUGGAGAUUUGAGGAUACAGAUGACGGCAGACUCGGCUGGGGGUUCUUCAUCUGGGAAGAGCUGGGCGCAGCAGACGGAGGAGAGUUAUCAGUUGCAGCUUGCUUUGGCGUUACGCCUUUCGUCCGAGGCUACUUGCGCUGACGAUCCGAAUUUUCUGGAUCCUGUGCCGGACGAAUCUGCUUUGAGGACUUCUCCAAGUUCAGCCGAAACCGUUUCACAUCGUUUCUGGGUUAAUGGCUGUUUAUCGUACUAUGAUAAAGUUCCUGAUGGGUUUUACAUGAUGAAUGGUCUGGAUCCAUAUAUUUGGACCUUAUGCAUUGAUCUGCAUGAAAGUGGCCGUAUCCCUUCAAUUGAAUCAUUAAGAGCUGUUGAUUCCGGUGUUGACUCUUCGCUUGAAGCGAUCAUAGUCGAUAGGCGUAGUGAUCCAGCCUUCAAGGAACUUCACAAUAGAGUCCACGACAUAUCAUGUAGCUGCAUAACCACAAAAGAGGUUGUUGAUCAGCUGGCAAAGCUUAUCUGCAAUCGUAUGGGGGGUCCAGUUAUCAUGGGGGAAGAUGAGUUGGUUCCCAUGUGGAAGGAGUGCAUUGAUGGUCUAAAAGAAAUCUUUAAAGUGGUGGUUCCCAUAGGUAGCCUCUCUGUUGGACUCUGCAGACAUCGAGCUUUACUCUUCAAAGUACUGGCUGACAUUAUUGAUUUACCCUGUCGAAUUGCAAAGGGAUGCAAAUAUUGUAAUAGAGAUGAUGCCGCAUCUUGCCUUGUCAGGUUUGGGCUUGAUAGGGAGUACCUGGUUGAUUUAGUAGGGAAGCCAGGUCACUUAUGGGAGCCCGAUUCCUUGCUAAAUGGUCCAUCAUCUAUAUCAAUUUCUUCACCUUUGCGGUUUCCACGACCCAAGCCAGUUGAACCCGCAGUCGAUUUUAGAUUACUAGCCAAACAAUAUUUCACCGACAGCCAGUCUCUUAAUCUUGUUUUCGAUCCUGCAUCAGAUGAUAUGGGAUUCUCANACUCCCAUUCUUCCAAUUGUGAGACAGAUCAAAAUCCUUUUCCAAGACAAGCUCCGUGGAAAGCUGAGGAAACUUGUCAUGAGAGAGGUUCCCAAUAA